AGAGCUUCGACUUUGUGAUGCUGCUCAACAAUCUCUUUUGGAUUUUAGAACGGAAAACAGAGCGCGUCGCGCUCUGCAUACCGUUCUGAACUAUAUCGGUCUCUCAAACUUUUCUGGAUACGAGGAACCCUCCCUCUCAGCUUGCCACGGGACCCUGCAUAACUUGGUGAGGACCACUCUUCCAAGCGACCAGGGAGCUGCGGCAACUGACGAGGUUCUUCGCAAUUUGGAUCAAUUCUUGUUUUGGCCCAAAAUGUUCGUGUGUCUCAUCGGCGUCUUUGUUGUCCCGUACUUCCUCGGAGGUACGAAGGGCAUUGCUGAAGGCGGCGAAGGGACACGGAAUAUUAAUUGGAUUUUUGACGACGACCACCAGACUGAAAAUGAUGACGAUGACGACAAGACCGAAUCCGACGACAAGACCAAUUACGAUGACGAGACUAAAGACGAGGACAAGACCAAAGACCACGACGAGACCAAUGACCACGACGAGACAAAUGACGACGACCACACCAAAGACGACGACCACACCAAAGACGACGACCACACCAAAGACGACGACCACACCAAAGACGACGACAAGGAAGAAGAUCAGGAGACUGAAAAGGAAGACGUCGAAGAGCAGGAAGGCGAACAGAAAAAAACUGAAGAGGACGAAGAAGAAGACUACGAAGAGGAACAAGAUAGAGUCCUGACUGACGUGAGCACCAAUAUCCCUACUACGGAACCAACUGGAAGGACUAGUCAGGACACCCCAGAAUCACAGACCUCGACCGCAGGGAGCGUCGAAGUGAUCCCUCCGCUGGAGGUAAAGACACUUCCCCAGAAGGAAAAAAAGGAACUCAAACUCAUUGAUGGCGAUUUGUACGAGUUCCAACUAUCCCUGAAAGACAGACAGAUCCUUCGAAAAAUAGCGGACGAGGUCCAAGAAUUCACAAAAUUCUACCAUGUCCGCCUCGUCCUUCCCGACGACGACGCCCAGGAAGCCGCCUCUUUAGAGGGCGCUGAAAAUAGAGUGGAAAUGGCCUUCCUGCACAUUCAGGAGAUCCUGGACGAAUACGAAAGGGAAAGAUACGACGUCGCCAUGGAAGAGCUUCCUCAUCAGGAGGCAGAGGAAGAAGACCAUAGGCAGGAUGUUCAGCAGAAUGAAAAUCCAUUAUGUUUUGCUGACGCACUCAAAAGGCAGCCCAAACAGCCUGUGGUUAAGCAGCCCAACUAUUUGAUUGUGCAACGUCGAACUCUCCCCCUCAUCGAAGAAGUCGUAGAAGAUUACGAUGAGGAUGAAAUUAUGGAGGACGAGAGCUACGCGGAAUUCGAUGAGGAAGAAGACUGGGAUCUCGAAGAUGAAGAGAACGACUGGGAUUUCGAAGAAAGCAGGCACAAAUUUAUAGUUGGCAUAACACUUCGAGAGGCUCCCGAGGAGGACGGCAAAGGAGGCAUGACACGAAGACUUGUGCCCAAAGCUUUGCGUUCCAGGGAAACCCAACUUCCUCUCGAAGAAAAGCCACAGCAUAAUACUGAAGAGGAGGAACAAGUACAUCUGGAGGAUAAAGAGGAAGAAAAAACUCUAAAUCCAGAAGUACAAAUAGAACAAGUUACAACAAAAGGAGACGCAGAAGAGACUGUUCUUCCUCAGGAAGAAACAGAAGAAAAUUACUGUCCGCAGGAAGAAGAAACGGAAUGCAUUCUUCCUCAAGAAGAAAAUAAAAGUCCGGCCAUCGAGAUAAGUAUUAAAGAAGAAGAAAAUGGACAUCAUGAAGAAAUGAGACCAGCGAUUAAGGAAGACGAGAGUGGACGUCAAGAAGCAAAAGAGAAGACGUUCGCUAACAUAGUGAAGGUUAUUCCAGAGAAGAACUCUGGAACAAGACGGCCUGCCCCUGCAAAUACCUUGAAAACAACAAGACCUAUGAGAUGCGGCCCCUCUCAGACAUAA